AUGGCAGGCACUAACCAGCUUUGCAUUCGCCGUUGGACUACCAAGAACGUGGCCAAGUGGCUGAAGGAAGAAGGCUUCUGUGAAUACGUGGAUCUUUUGUGCAACAGACACAGGCUAGAUGGAAUUACCCUGCUGACACUAACUGAGUAUGACUUGCGAUCCCCUCCUCUGGAAAUCAAAAUCUUGGGGGAUAUCAAGAGGCUGAUGCUGUCCAUACGCAAACUGCAGAAGCAACACAUUGAUGUCCUGGAAGAGCUGGGUUUCACCAGUGAUGGUCAUGCUGCCACAGUUAGUUCAAUACUGGGGGCAGAUUGGUUUUGUAAUGGUGAAGUACCUCGGGACUAUGAUGGACCAAUUAGUGACUUGAAUGGUGAUCAGUAUCAAUAUGCAAAUGGAAAAAACAAACACGCCACACGCAGACUGGACCCAGAGUACUGGAAGACAGUUCUAAGUUGUGUGUAUGUCUUCAUAGUGUUUGGCUUUACAUCAUUUGUUAUGGUCAUAGUACACGAGCGAGUACCUGACAUGCAAACGUAUCCACCUUUGCCAGACAUAUUUCUAGAUAGCGUCCCUAGGAUACCAUGGGCUUUUGCUAUGACUGAAGUAUGUGGUGUAAUUCUUUGCUAUAUUUGGCUCCUGGUUCUUCUGCUUCACAAACACAGAUCUAUACUUCUGCGCCGGCUGUGCAGCCUCAUGGGGACAGUUUUUCUAUUACGUUGCAUUACAAUGUUUGUUACCUCACUCUCGGUGCCAGGGCAGCACUUGCAGUGUACUGGAAAGUUGUAUGGCAAUGUUUGGGCAAAACUCCAGCGGGCCUUCGCAAUAUGGAGUGGCUUUGGAAUGACUCUGACUGGUGUACAUACAUGUGGAGAUUAUAUGUUCAGUGGUCACACUGUUGUCCUGACCAUGCUCAACUUCUUUGUCACAGAAUACACACCAAGGAGCUGGAACUUCUUGCACACCUUGUCCUGGGUCCUGAAUCUCUUUGGAAUCUUCUUCAUUUUGGCUGCACAUGAACAUUAUUCUAUAGAUGUUUUCAUUGCCUUUUACAUCACUACAAGACUCUUCUUGUAUUACCAUACAUUGGCUAAUACUAGAGCAUAUCAACAGAGUAGGAGGGCAAGGAUAUGGUUUCCAAUGUUUUCUUUUUUUGAAUGCAACGUUAAUGGUACUGUUCCCAAUGAGUAUUGCUGGCCCUUUUCAAAACCUGCUAUUUUAAAAAGAUUAAUUGGUUGA